AUGGGAGCACCUAAACAGAAGUGGACUCCAGAAGAGGAAGCAGCUCUGAGACCCAUGGAUUUUUAUAUCUACGAUAACGUCGAUCUGAAGGACAAGUGGAGGAAUAUGGGUGUGAUGUCAAACGGGUGUGGCUCACGGGAUAAGGCCAGGCUGGCACUGAAAAGGAUCCACCCGGCAUCCAAACAUAGAGCGAGCUCUAUGCCUCGGUCAUCUAGUGGUGAUGAUGUAGUUGAUGCCAGAGCUAAUGAUACCUCGGGAGGUUCUUCACCAAAUGAUGCCCCUGAGAGAUCUGUCAGGAGGCUGGAUAAUCUCAUAAUGGAGGCUAUUAGAAAUUUGAGGGAGCCCGGAGCCAUUCUACAUGUUCAUCGACAAGGAACAGCGGGGCCCAUUUUCCUUCUCGGGAUGCCCAUAAUGAACUCGACAGACUUCCCUACACGUGGCUGGCCACAAAGGCCACUUACUCGUCGUUAA